CUGCGAGCCGCCGUUCACUUACCGCCUCCCUUCCUUCUUUCUCCCUCCGCCACCAGAGCACCAGCCGCGCUCUGAGCUGCCCCCGGGGUCCCUCCCCCGCCGCCAGAGGAGCAGCUGCCGCCGCCGCCAGCAGAAAAUUGGGAGGGAGGAAGGAAGGAAAGGAGGAAGGAAGGGAAGCCGGAGCGACUACCAAGAGGGAGCCGGUGAAUGGGCUGGUGGUGACCCCCGCCCCCCACCCCACCCUCCCUUCCCACCCGACCCCCAACCCCCAUCCCCAGUUAGAGCCGCCGCCCGAGAGGCCGGGCCGACGUCUUAGGAGGAGUCGCCGCCGCCACCUCCGCCAUGGAGCUGAUCACCAUCCUCGAGAAGACCGUGUCUCCCGAUCGGCUGGAACUGGAAGCGGCGCAGAAGUUCCUGGAACGUGCGGCCGUGGAGAACCUGCCCACUUUCCUUGUGGAACUGUCCAGAGUGCUAGCAAAUCCAGGAAACAGUCAGGUUGCCAGAGUUGCAGCUGGUCUACAAAUCAAGAACUCUUUGACAUCUAAAGAUCCAGAUAUCAAGGCACAAUAUCAGCAGAGAUGGCUUGCUAUUGAUGCUAACGCUCGACGGGAAGUCAAGAAUUACGUUUUGCAGACUUUGGGCACAGAAACUUACCGACCUAGUUCCGCCUCGCAGUGUGUGGCUGGGAUUGCUUGCGCAGAGAUCCCAGUGAACCAAUGGCCAGAACUCAUUCCUCAGCUGGUGGCCAAUGUCACAAACCCCAACAGCACAGAGCACAUGAAAGAGUCAACAUUGGAAGCUAUUGGUUACAUUUGCCAAGAUAUAGACCCAGAGCAGCUACAGGAUAAAUCCAAUGAGAUUCUGACUGCCAUAAUCCAGGGGAUGAGGAAAGAAGAGCCUAGUAAUAAUGUGAAACUGGCAGCUACUAAUGCACUCCUGAACUCAUUGGAGUUCACCAAAGCAAACUUUGACAAAGAGUCCGAAAGGCACUUUAUUAUGCAGGUGGUCUGUGAAGCCACACAGUGUCCAGAUACGAGGGUACGAGUGGCUGCCUUACAGAAUCUGGUGAAGAUAAUGUCCUUGUAUUAUCAGUACAUGGAGACAUAUAUGGGUCCCGCUCUUUUUGCAAUCACAAUUGAAGCAAUGAAAAGUGACAUUGAUGAAGUGGCCCUACAAGGAAUAGAAUUCUGGUCCAAUGUCUGUGAUGAGGAAAUGGAUUUGGCCAUUGAGGCUUCAGAGGCAGCAGAACAAGGACGCCCCCCUGAGCACACCAGCAAGUUUUAUGCUAAGGGAGCACUACAGUACCUGGUUCCAAUCCUCACACAGACACUAACUAAACAGGAUGAAAAUGAUGACGACGACGACUGGAACCCCUGCAAAGCAGCAGGGGUGUGCCUCAUGCUUCUAGCCACCUGCUGUGAAGAUGACAUUGUCCCGCACGUCCUCCCCUUCAUUAAAGAACACAUCAAGAACCCUGAUUGGCGGUACCGGGAUGCGGCAGUGAUGGCUUUUGGCUGUAUCUUGGAAGGACCAGAGCCCAAUCAGCUCAAACCACUAGUUAUACAGGCUAUGCCCACCCUAAUAGAAUUAAUGAAAGACCCCAGUGUAGUUGUUCGAGAUACAACUGCAUGGACUGUGGGCAGAAUUUGUGAACUGCUCCCGGAAGCGGCCAUCAAUGAUGUCUACUUGACUCCCUUGCUGCAGUGUCUGAUCGAGGGCCUCAGUGCUGAACCCAGAGUGGCUUCAAAUGUGUGCUGGGCUUUCUCUAGUCUGGCUGAAGCUGCUUAUGAAGCUGCAGACGUAGCUGAUGAUCAGGAAGAACCAGCUACCUAUUGCUUGUCGUCUUCUUUUGAACUCAUAGUUCAAAAGCUCCUGGAGACCACAGACAGACCUGAUGGACACCAGAACAACCUGAGGAGUUCUGCAUAUGAAUCUCUGAUGGAAAUUGUGAAAAACAGUGCCAAGGAUUGUUACCCUGCGGUUCAGAAAACUACCCUAGUCAUCAUGGAACGACUUCAGCAAGUACUUCAGAUGGAGUCACAUAUCCAGAGCACAUCGGACAGGAUCCAGUUCAAUGACCUUCAGUCUUUACUCUGCGCAACUCUUCAGAAUGUUCUCCGGAAAGUACAACAUCAAGAUGCUUUGCAGAUCUCUGAUGUCGUCAUGGCCUCCCUCUUAAGGAUGUUCCAAAGCACAGCUGGGUCUGGGGGAGUGCAAGAGGAUGCCCUAAUGGCAGUUAGCACAUUGGUGGAAGUGUUGGGUGGUGAAUUCCUAAAAUACAUGGAGGCCUUUAAACCCUUCUUGGGCAUUGGACUGAAAAAUUAUGCUGAGUACCAGGUUUGUUUGGCAGCUGUGGGCCUAGUAGGAGACUUGUGCCGUGCCCUGCAAUCCAACAUCUUACCUUUCUGUGAUGAGGUGAUGCAGCUCCUCCUGGAGAACUUGGGGAAUGAAAAUGUCCACAGGUCUGUGAAGCCACAGAUUCUGUCUGUGUUUGGUGAUAUUGCCCUUGCUAUUGGUGGAGAGUUUAAAAAAUACCUAGAGGUUGUACUGAAUACCCUUCAGCAGGCCUCCCAAGCGCAGGUGGACAAGUCAGACUAUGACAUGGUGGAUUAUCUGAAUGAGCUAAGGGAAGGCUGCUUGGAAGCCUAUACCGGAAUUGUCCAGGGAUUGAAGGGAGACCAGGAGAACGUACACCCGGAUGUGAUGCUGGUACAACCCAGAGUAGAAUUUAUUCUGUCUUUCAUUGACCACAUUGCUGGAGAUGAGGAUCAUACAGACGGAGUAGUAGCUUGUGCUGCUGGACUGAUAGGGGACUUGUGUACAGCAUUUGGGAAGGAUGUACUGAAAUUAGUAGAAGCUAGGCCAAUGAUCCAUGAACUGUUAACUGAAGGACGGAGAUCGAAGACUAACAAAGCAAAAACCCUUGCUACAUGGGCAACAAAAGAACUGAGGAAACUGAAGAACCAAGCUUGAUCUGUUACCAUUGGGAUGAUAACCUGAGACCCCCACUGGAAAUCUCCAAUCUUUUGAAAAACCCGGAAGUGAGGAGUGUGCACGGAUGCUGAAUGUUUGGGAAUGAGAGGAUGAGUGAGUGAGGCUUGAAAACACACCACAUUGAAAAUCCUGCCACAGCAGCAGCCGCAGCCGCCAACAGCAGCGCUGUUAGUGAGCUAAGUAAGCACUGACUUCGUAGAAAACCAUAAUGUCGGCCAUCUUGGAAAAGAAAAAUGAUGGAUUUACUUGCUUAAAAAAAGAAAGCUAUCUCUUCCCAGGAGAGGCUAGAACUAGCUUUUCUGUCUUUUGGCCGGUGUCAAGUGGGAUGACUAGUUUGGGAGAGGAGGAGGGACUGGGUUCAGCUGUGGUGCUUUGUUGUAAAAGGCAGCCUGGCCUUUGCUACUGAUACGAAAGGAGGAGCCUGGGUCUCAAGCCCACCUUUGGUGUACCUUAGCCACACGGUACUGUACGCGGUACUGUAUGCGUGCCGGCUAAAAGGAGGGUGAGGGAUUCUUUACAGUCUGAGAAUGAGUGUGUGUGAGUGAGGCGGUAUCCACAUUCUCAACUUCAAGUCACUGCAGUUUCUUUUUCCCAGAAAAAGCGAGGGUUAGACAUUGCAUUUCAUAAAACUAACUGAAGUACCGAAGUUCUGUCUACUGAUGCAGCACAAGAGAUGUAAAAAAAAAAAAAAAAAAAAAAAAAAAAAGGAAAGACGUUCUUUAGGUUGUUUUGUUUUGUUUUGUUUUAAUUAUCUUCUAGGGAAAACACUGACGAAUGUUCAGAGCUCCCAUCCUGAUCUUUUCAUCAAGGCGCCUUUCCUAAUAAUAUGGUUCAACUGUGAAUGUAGAAGUGGGGGGGGAGGGGGGAGAAAAAGAAAACUCUGGAGUUAGAGCAUAUAGAAAAAAUACAGUUGUUACAAGUAAAGAAUGCAAACUUUGAAAACAAGAAAGCCACAACCCAAACCAAAAUUUAAACGCUCAGAAUUGGCAGCAUAAAACUUCUUUUCUGACAUGUAUCGUGGCAGUCUGGACACCCCCAGAAAAUUGUGCCAAAGAGUUUAGAAAACAAAUAUACAGUAAAAGUAAACAUACACACACAGAACAAACUUCAGGUAACUAUUUUGGAUUACAAACAAGGGUAAAUUUAAUGUUUAAACAAUCUGAUAAAAUUAACCAUUUGGAAACUG